GCAACAGUGGAAUCCGAGUAAUGCUCCAUUAUUCCUCGGCUUCGAAACAUUCGUGUGACCGGCCGCCAUACCAUCGCUUUGAGUGGGGGCGUGACACGCCGGAACCGCCCUAAUAGCAUCCCCAAUUGAAAUUUUCUGCCAGCGAAGCACUUUGUUCUUCCGAAUUCUGCUCUUCUCGUCGGAUGCAUUCUCAGACGACGCUUCGAGGGCUCACGUGUCUUGUCAAUGUCACUCUUGUCAGGGUCGGUCGUCGUAUUCUUACACUUGUGUGUGCUCCUGGUAGGUUCGCCUCGGUCGCACAGUAGAGACUCGGUAUGUCCCCACACACUAGAAAAUCACACGUGGACUCAGGGAGGGUUGGUGACAACCCGUCCACGCCGGUCCACUCCCGGCCCGCUCGAAUGGAAUCGAAAGUCAGUUCCUCGUCAAGAUCUGCCAAACGAAGUGCCACCGUUAAUUAAGAAUUCAGCAAACUGAAACAAUAUUCAACGUCCAUGGGCUCCGGUAGUUAUGCAGGGCCGAGGCCAGCGUUUUUCCCGAUUCCCAGCCAGUCUUGCUUGACAGCGUGUGCAAGUUGGUGGUCUCCGCCGUAGAAGUUCUGCGAUGAAGGACCUGGCGAGACGAAUUUUUGUCGGCUCGAUUGUCUUGGGAUGACCUGAAUUUGAAUCUUCACGGAUGCGGGUUUAAAGAGGAGAAAUACCAUAAAUUUGGACGAGCGUUGAUAGGACUAACUGUUGAGGCUAGGAUGUUCCAGAUAACUGGUCACGCACGGUCGGUAGUUGAUUGCAUGGACGAUCACAUAUAUGAAUCGUCAACCAUAAUUUCACUGUAACAUAUUAUAUCUUA